AUGAUUAAAGAGCUUCUUCAUAAUGACCCUUCCUCCAUUUUCAACCUUCUCAAAUCCUACGCACUUUCUCCCACUAACAUCCUCAAAGCCAAAGACAUCUUCCACCAAAUUCACAAACCCGCUUUAUCCCAUUGGAAUCUCAUGAUCCGUGGUUGGUCCCAAACCGACAAUCCAAUUGAAGCCAUUCGCACUUACAACCUCAUGUAUGGCCACGGCUUAAUUGGUAACAACCUCACUUACCCUUUUCUCCUCAAGGCUUGUGCUCGUAUUCCGUAUGUUUCUUGCACCAGAAUGGUUCAUGCUCGUGUUUUGAAGCUCGGGUUUGAGUCGGGUCUCUUUGUUUCCAACGCUUUGAUUCAUGGGUAUUCGGGAUUUGGUGAAUUGGGUUUUGCGCGGAAGGUGUUUGAUGAAAUGUCUGAACGGGAUUUGGUUUCUUGGAAUUCUUUGAUUUGUGGGUAUGGUCGGUGUAAGAGGUAUAGGGAGGUUUUGGAUGUUUUUGAAGCAAUGAGGAUGGAUAAUGUGAAGGGUGAUGCUGUGACAAUGGUGAAAGUUGUUUUAGCUUGUUCUGUUUUGGGUGAGUGGAGUGUUGCUGAUGCCAUGGUUGAGUACAUUGAGGAAAAUAAGGUGGAGGUUGAUGUUUAUUUGGGAAAUACGUUAAUUGAUAUGUAUGGACGGCGGGGUAUGGUUGAUCUGGCCCGACGGGUAUUUGAUCGAAUGCAUGAUAGGAAUAUGGUUUCUUGGAAUGCCAUGAUCAUGGGUUAUGGGAAAGCAAGAAACUUGGUUGCUGCAAGGGAAUUGUUUGAUGAUAUGCCACAGAGGGAUGUGAUCUCGUGGACUUCUAUGAUCACCGGUUACUCUCAAGCAGGUCAGUUUGCAAAGGCGGUGAGACUUUUCAAAGAAAUGAUGGAAACUAAGGUGAAGCCGGAUAAAAUAACGGUUGCCACCGUGCUCUCUGCGUGUGCUCAUAUCGGCUCACUGGAUGUUGGAGAGGCUGUUCAUGACUAUAUCAGGAAACAUGAUGUGAAGACGGAUAUUUAUGUUAGAAAUGCUUUGAUUGAUAUGUAUUGCAAGUGUGGAGCGGUUGAGAAAGCAUUGGUGGCGUUUGAAGAGAUGCAGAAGAAGGACUCGGUAUCGUGGACAUCAGUGAUCGCAGGCCUUGCUGUCAAUGGUCAUGCAGAUUCCGCACUUAAUUUAUUUUCACUUAUGUUGCGGGAAGGUGUUAGGCCUACUCACGGAACCUUUGUUGGAGUUUUGCUGGCCUGUGCUCAUGCUGGAGUGGUAGAUAAGGGAUUGGAAUAUUUUGAAAGUAUGGAAAAAGUUUAUGGACUAACACCGGAAAUGAAACACUAUGGCUGUAUUGUGGAUCUUUUGAGUCGCUCCGGCGAUCUAGAAAGGGCAUAUGAGUUCAUAAAACGGAUGCCUAUGGAACCAGAUGUUGUAGUAUGGAGGAUAUUGCUGAGUGCCUCUCAAGUUCAUGGAAAUCUACCCUUGGCUGAGAUUGCCGCAAACAAGCUUCUAGAAUUGGAUCCUUCUAAUAGUGGCAACUAUAUACUAUCCUCUAAUACUUAUGCAGGAUCCAAUAGGUGGGAAGAUGUUAUUAGAAUGAGAGGACUGAUGGAGGAGAGUAAUGUACAUAAACCAUCAGGCAGCAGUUCCAUAGAAAUAAAUGUUUCAAACAGUUCGGAGGAUACAUGUUUUGUUGAUGGUCAAGAGAAAAUUGAAUUGAACGUUAUGUAG